AUGGCCCAGUCCAAGCGAGCCCAGCUUUCUGACCUCCCCCAGGAAAUACAUGACAUGAUCACAGGGCAUGUCGUCGACAACGCCGUGAAACCCCAUAACAAAAAGGAGCUCCAGUCCAUCCGGCAGGUCAAUAGGGCUUUCUGCUUGAGUGCAACGCGUCUGCUCUGCCAGCGCGUUGGGUUUACUCUCCAGCGCAGCCGGCCUCGCAUCCCUCUAGCAUUCGGCAAAUUCUCACAAGGCGAGAGAGCGCAUUUUGUGCAGAAAGUGCGUAUCCGCGACUCGUCGAUUCUUCCCGACGAGCCCUAUAAGCCCGCGGAUCUGCGCUCCCGAACUCACGAAAUAGCGACGGAACUCGCCCGGUUCCCGGCGUUGAAAAAGGUGUCUAUACAGUUCCGGGAGGGGAUAUUUCCUGAAGAUAAUCAGGACCCGGAUACUAGCCGCGCUCUGGCUGCAUCGAUCUGUGAAGGACUGCCAAAAGACCUCCACGCGCUAUCCCUUCACCGUCUGGAGCCCAGUCUGGUCAAUAUAGUGUCUCAGCCCACGGACUCAUCGCCCUGUAUAUUAUCGUCCCUGCAGUCCUUUACAUUCAAGUCCGCCCACCUCGAACCCAGAGAUGUAUCCGGCGACGAUGUCCUCCUCGCCCUCCAAAACGCUCCUGACCUAAAGGAACUCAGCCUCUCCUCCAUCGGCCGGCUUAGUUACGACGCCAUACGCCAGUUCACCGCCGGACGCAAUAUACCUCCUCUCCGCCGCCUCAAGCUCGACCGCAUCAUAAUCCCCGCACCAGGCCUCUCACGCUUCCUUCACGUCUUCAGACACACCCUCCAAGACCUCUGCCUGCACAACGUAUGGCUCGAAAGACGCCGGAUCCCCGGCCUCAACCACAUCUACACCAGCACCACUAUCAGCUUCACCUACUUCUCCUGGGGCUCCAUAUUCGACCUCCUCAGAUCCUCCUUCCACAACCUAACAACCCUGCGCUUCGCCCAAUGCGAGAUCCCUCCUAGACCGCAAUUCCGGGGACAACAAACAGGCAUCGGAGUCCCGCCUGCGGACAACCACUUUCAGAGACAAAGUAUCUCAGACGCGUACUUCCGGUGCAUCGUGCGCGUAGAGGACAACCGGGAACGGCUUGGCCGUCCGGCGCCAGAGUGGGAGAGGGCGGAGGUCUGGCACCCGCGCUUUAACUCCCCGCGCAAUUCUCGACUCGAUGAUGAAUAUAUAGCUGAGGUUGGGGCUAGACCCACGGCCCGUGGGAGAGGUAGGAGGGGGAAGACUGCGCCCUGGUCUCUAUAUACCACGUUUCGGAGGUAUUCUAUUGAAUUGCGGGACAAUAAUGGGAAGAUGUUGCCGCCGAAGAUUUUCCGGGUGUUUUCAUGUGGUUGUACGCUGGAGCGUGCGGAUGUGUGA